AAGUUAGAGUUUGCCCUUGGAGAUAGUAAGGAGUCUAGAGAGUGACAAAAGCUACUUUUUCCCGCGGUGAAACAUCUUAUUCUUCAUCCCAUGGGAAUUUCCUUUGACUAUGCGGGCGAAGCCGCGGACGUUCACUCAUAUAAAUAUCACAAGAAAAACUACUAUGUUUAGCGUACGGUCUGUUAGGUUAUAUAGCAGGUGGAUGCAUAGAAGGCCUGCUAAAGUGAUUAUUCCUUUCGAGAAAGAGUCUAAUGUUCAAUUAAAAAAAGAAAAAGUGAUAGAUUUGAAACCUGUAUUAUUGGAGAAGGAAUUAAAAAAAACAUUGGAUAAGGAUAAUGCAGUAAACAUAAAAGAAACCUCAAAAGUUCAAGAGAACAUUACUGUUAAAAAAUUAAAACCAAUCAUACCAAAUGAUGUUAUAGAAAAACGAGAAACAAAAAUUAAGAAAAGGAAUUUUUACCUCAGUCAGAAAAAAGUCUAUGAUGAUAAUGGUGAAAUACUGUAUGAAAAGUUAAAUGAAAAUGAUAGUAUAAUAAGUUCACUCUUAGUCAAGUUGAAAUCCAAAAAGGAAAGAAUGCGGACAAAUCAAAUGCUUGUUGAAGGUUGGCGCUUAAUUGUUGAUGGAUUGGAAGCUAAAUGUAAACUAAAAUAUGUUAUGUUCAGUCAACUUCAAGAUUUACAGAAUCUUCAUCCAUUUCUUCCGAAUUCUGGUGUGCAAAUAUAUAAAAUACCCUACAAAGAUAUUACUAAGUGGUCAGAUCUUGAAACUCCACCAGGAAUUUUUGGUGUGUUUGAAAUGCCUACUGUUGAAAAUGUAAAGAGGCUUUCAAGACCUCUGCCGAUGGUUUUAAUUUGUGACAAUAUAAGAGUACCUGGUAAUCUGGGUGCAAUACUAAGAGUGGCGGUGGGAGCUGGCUGUGAAACUGUGUUGCUAACAAAAGGUUGUGUCGAUGUUUGGGAUCCAAAAGUAAUAAGAAGUGCAGCAGGAGCUCAUUUUAGACAGCCAAUAUAUACAUCAUUGGACUGGGAAGAAAUACCAAAGCAUAUGGUGCCAGACUCUUCACUGUUUAUAGCUGACAGUAAUAUUACCACAGAUAAUGUAGAAACUCCAGAUCUUACAAGUAAUUCACUAUUGUCACAGAUACCUGUGUUACCAUAUUAUGGUGUUGAAUUUUCCAAUUUGAAACAUAUUACACUAGUAAUAGGUGGAGAAACAGAGGGUAUAAGUGAAGAAAGUUACAGAUUAGCAACAAGCACAAAUGGCUUGAGGCUAAAUAUUCCAUUACAAAGAGGUGUAGAUAGCUUGAACACAGGAAUGGCAGCAGCUGUGAUAGCUUUUGAAAUAAGAAAACAGUUUAUACAAGCUUGGACUAAAGAAAAACUCGAAAGAGAAAAGGAGCAAAUCAUUUAGCAUUUAUAUUGUGAUCAAUAAUAGUAUUAAUUAAAGAUAAUUAAAUGGAA